AUUUUUCUCUAUCAGGAUUCCUUUUCCAGCCUCGGUCUUCUCCCAAAAACUCCAUAAUCUUUCUUCAACUGUUUUAAUUCUAGGGUUCCGGCCGAAGGUAUACCCUAGAUUUCAACAACAAUUAUACUGCUUAAUCACUCAUAUUAGGAAUUUUUCACUCCCUUCUCUUAGAUUUUCAGUUUUCAAAUCAAGUUCUUCCGAGGUUUAUCGAAUUCGUAUCUGGUUUCUCUUUAGUAUUUACGGGUUGGGUUCUCGAGGAUUUUGGAUUUGUUGUUUGAUUUCUUGGCGUAGUUUUGUGUUUUGGUUGUGAUCGGAAGGGUGAGGGUUCAGAUAUAUAUAUUUCUUUUUUUUUUUUUUUUCUUUUUGGAGUUGAUUGAUUGAUGGCUACUGCGACUGAAGAAGAAGUUGAUUAUGAGAGUGAUCCGGAAGAAGCGAAGCGGUCACUGGCGAUGCGGAGGCGGGAGGCGAGUGAUGAUGAGGAGGGUGAAGGAGAAGGGGGAGAAGGGAGGAGGACGAUCCGGAGGAUGGGGAUUCAUUCGGAUGAUUCUGAUGGUCAGGGUGGAGCUGCAGAAUACGACGAUGAGGACGAAUUGGGUGAAGAUGUAGAUGAGGAUGAGGUUGGUGAAGGAGUUGAGGACGUUGAUGAGGGGGAAGAAGUUGAAGAAGAGGAGGGUGAGGAGAGGUAUGGGGAUAGGAAGUCGGGCAGUCAUGGUGAAUUGGAUGCCGCCUCCGGCAAUGUAGCGAAGGAACUGGACGAGGAUGGAAGACCAUUAGCAGAAGGACCAACUGAUUUGCACGAGGAAAAUUUAGAUGGGGAAUUUGAUGAGGAGAAGAAGGUGAAUGAGCCCUUCGCUGUUCCUACUGCCGGGGCUUUCUAUAUGCAUGAUGAUCGCUUUAGGGACAAUGCAGGUGGUCGACACAGGAGAACACAUGGUGGAAGGAGGUUGUGGGAAUCCAAGGAUGACAUGAAAUGGGGGCAUGACAAGUUCGAAGAAAUGACUCUGCAGGAAAGGCAUCGUGAUGAGAGGAGAGCUUCCAAGGGUCAUCCACGAGGUCGGGGUAAAAGUCGAGGAAUGGAUCAUGGUUAUGGUCGAGGGAACAGAUCUCGAGCAUACAAUAAAAAUAACACUCAAAACAAUGCUCCCAAGGUUGUGAGAGGAAGAGGACCUAGACGGUAUGAACCAACUAUGAACAACAAUACCAGAUCCUCUCCUUCACAAGAAAAACAAUCUGUGAAGCCUCCUGAGAAAGCAUCACAUAAUAAUACAGGGAGAUCCCUUGCACCCUCUCCAAAUGUAGAAGGUGAGCCAAACUCUGUUAGGAAACAUGCCUUUGCAUCAAGCCUGAAUUCUGCUUCUCCACCUUUCUACCCUUCAGGGACGUCUGGUAAAAACAUCCCUAAAGUGGAAAAAAGAGAAGUACAAGCUGGACUCCCUGAAAAGAAUAUGUAUGAUGAUAGCCGCUCUUUGCCACAAUCAAGUGUAAUGGUAGAUGGAAAGCAUGUAGUUGAUGCUGUUGCCAUGGAGAGGAUUUACAUAAAUGAUUCUACCAAUCCGUCUCUAGGAAAUCCUUUAUCUAAGCCAUCUUCUGGUUCUUCAGUGAUCAAUAAUGCUCAAAUUCCCCAAUCUAGGCCUCAUGGAAGGGGUGCUGUUGUAGGAUCAACCGGCUACCCUCCUGCUUCACUCCAUAGCCAAGUUAACAAGGUCUCUUUACCUACUCAAUCACAUGGUGUAGCACGAACACCUGCUCAACCUAGGGUUCAAUCUGCUGUUCAGGUUCCUGUCCAGCAGUUGGGUCAGCGACCUGGUAGUGGAUCUCAGUCUUCAUCUCCACCAAAAACUUCCACAUCAGUUAACUCACUUGAGUCCGGAGAGGGUGAUUCUUCUUCAGAAUCAAGCAAAUUGAAAACUGCUUUGGUUGGAAAGGGAAAGGGUGUGGCCCAAGGUAUUGGUGCGGGUUCCUUUAUUUAUGGUGGGGCUCAAAUUAUGGGAACCUCUGGGAACAUGAAUAUUAAUCAUGGAGACCAGAACUUUCCUCAUACUCCAGCAUUUUUGCCAGUUAUGCAAUUUGGAGGUCAGCAUCCUGGUGGCAUUGGAGUUCCUGCCGUUGGCAUGGCAUUUCCAGGAUAUGUUGCCCAGUCCCAACUUGGCAUGGGAAAUUCAGAAAUGACAUGGUUACCAGUUUUGGCUGGUGCAGCUGGGGCUCUAGGAGCUACAUAUUGUUCGCCUUAUAUAGCUAUGGAUGGGGCUUAUCAUGCUCGACCCUCAGGACAGACAUCAUCUGCUGGAACGCUGAGCAAAGAAAAUAGCACAAACAAAUCCAGUAACGAGUCGAAGCCUUCACAGAAUGAACUCGAAAGUGAUGAUGUUGGACAGCGACAAAAUAAGCCACGCAGAUAUUCAGAGAUGAACUUUGGCCAAUGAAGUAAGCAAGCAUAUGUGAUGGAGCCUAUUUCAAUAAGCAAAGGCCUUCUUCUAUGCCCUUCGUGAUCUCUAGCUUUGUUCUGGAGCACUUUGGGCUGCUAUAGGUUCCAAUAAGUAUUAGGAAUAUACGACGAACUUCUCUCCUGCCGUUAACCUGAGAACAGUAUUUUCAGCUUGACGUGUGGGCUUUUCCUUGUUUAAAUUGCGGUUUUUCUUGUGGUUUGGUUUUUGAAUGAAGCAAGUGAGAAAGAGCUUCCCCAAAUAUGAGAAAAAUGAGAGAAAUGAAGAAAAUUUGUUUAGCAGCAGCUAGCUUGUGCUAAUUGGAGUUUGAUUAUUCUCUAUUCUAUAAUAUGAAUAUGAUAAUAGUGCUUUGGUUAAGAAGUUUAUUUGUUUGUUACACCACUCUGGUUGAGUAUUUUUCUAUGUAUGAUAUUCUCUCUAAUGUUGGAUACAAACGGAUGCUGCCGAGUAAUGAGACCACUAGUAUUCGAUUUUGCGUGAGUAUAAUAAUGAGUCAUGUUUUACCAGUA